GAGGAGGAGGAGGAGGAGGAGGAGGAGGAGGAAGAGGAGGAGGAGGAGGAAGAGGAGGAGGAGGACAAAGGAUGUUUUAUAAAGUCACCCAGUUCUUCAGAGAAGCUGCCAUUGGGAGAGGCAUGGGUUGAGCCACAGGAUUUGGUGGCAUCUCAUGCCGCAAGCAGCAAAGGCAGGCUCACGCACCAGCCACUCCCUCACUCCGAGACUUCUGAAGACCAUGAGGAGCUUAAACCUGCCCAGCUCUUCUGGGGACCCCCGUCUCUACACAGUGAGGCCCUGCGCUCUACUACCACUAACUCCUAUGACCGGUCCUCAAGCUUUGUGUGCUUCAACAGUAUGGCUGAAGCCUCCAUUGCUGACUAUUCCCAUGCAAUUAUGCUUCCCACACCUCUGUCUGUGUAUCGACCACAGACAUGGCUGCAGACCGCACCCCAGUCUCAUCCCCAACAUGGCCCUCCUGAAGAGUCACAGCCUCAGCCUCAACCCCAGUCCUGGUUCUCGGUCUCAACACUGUCUUCUCAAUCCGAGCUGAGGGACUGUGGGGUGUAUUUUCAUAGACCUCAGGGAGACGAGCCACCUCUUGGUCCUUCUGCAAUGCAGAGCUUGGAAUAUAACAUCUUGAAAAAGGAGCAGGAGAGGGUGUGGGGUUUACCUUUAGUGAUCCAAAAAUCCCAGGAUGCUUUUUGUCCCUUGCCGCCCAAGGUCUUGUUGGGAAGUCGCUCCUCCAAGGCCUCUUUUCCCAAGCCCAUCCUUCCUGGAGACUUCCCCCUCACCAGUGAGCUUGAGAAGAAAUUUGAACAUCAUCUCCGAAAGAGACUCAUCCAACACCGCUGGGGCCUGCCCCACAGGAUCGACGAGUCCCUAUCACUCAUGAGUCCUCAGUCAGAACUGAUUGACUUCUCUGAGUCACAGAAGAGCCGGGGACUCUCGUGGAUCACUUUCUUUAAGUACCGGGGCUACAAAGGCUACAAAGACUCACGGGCCAUUGUAUCUGGAGGAAGCUCUCACAAUCAGAUGCCUGAAACUCAUUCUCUACAGAAGACUGGGGUCAAAGAACAGACAUACAGUCAAGAUAAGGGCCAGAAGGACCAUCCCCGGGGUAACAGCUUCCAGGAGGCUUCACAAAACAGUCCGAAGUCUCACUCAAAGACACACCAGAAGAGUCGUGCAGGUGGGCAGCCCCCCAAGCUUUCAAGUCCCUCACAGGUGAGACAGAAAGGAAUUGAAAUUGUCCUGAAAAAACACCUGAACAAGAAAAUUAGGGAAAUCAGAAGGGGUGAGAUCCCUACCGCCGUGGAUAGGUCGAGGCAUUCUACCAAUGUGGCAAAGAUAGCGCAGCCUCCACCUGAGGCCUCUUGCAAACAAAUGGAAGAUCUGGCACCACUGGCAGGUAAGGAGGACGGACUGAAAAAGCACCCCCAUGGCUUGGCGCUUAGUCCUAGCAAAGAAAAGAUGCUAGAAGAACACAUUGCAGCCUUCGGCAGGAGGAUG